GCCAGAAGCAAACAGAAGAUUCCAAUAUGGCGAACGUGAGGGAUAGCGAUACAUCGUUGUGGCUACAUAAUAAACUUGGCACGUCGAACGAUAGCUGGACUGGUAGCUCAAUUUGCUCGCAGCUCAAUGCCGAAGUGCUACGCAACAUUAAGGACUGUUUUCCCGACCUGCAGACACAGGUUAAGCUUAAAUUACUACUCUCGUUCUUCCACAUACCCAGACGGAAUGUCGAAGAGUGGCGUGUGGAACUGGAAGAAAUUAUCGAAGUUGCAAUAUUGGAUGGAGAGCUAUGGGUAUCAAUGCUAUCCGAAGCGAUGAAAACGUUUCCAUCAACAGGCUCAUUAAACACAGAUAUCAGCGACCUAGAAGAACACAGGCCAAUCUUUGGCGAAUUGGUCAAUGAUUUACGGAAACUUCUGAAAAAGCAGAAUGAUCCAGCUAUGCUUCCUCUGGAAUGUCAUUAUCUCAACAAGACUGCAUUGACAUCGGUAGUGGGUCAGCAACCCACACCGAUCAAACAUUUCACUCUUAAGAGGAAGCCAAAGAGUGCAGCCUUAAGAGCAGAAUUGCUCCAAAAGAGCACAGAUGCUGCUAGUAAUCUCAAAAAGAGCACAGCUCCCACUGUACCUGUAAGAAGCCGUGGAAUGCCAAGAAAAAUGACUGACACAACGCCUCUUAAGGGAAUUCCUAGCAGAGUUCCGACAAGUGGAUUUCGGUCUACUUCUCUUAAUAGUUCAACCAUGUCCAACAGAACAUCGAUUAGUAAUAGGAUGCGAAAGGACGGUGGUAUUAAGUUAUUACCCAUUAACGAACAACCUCUUGGAUAUGCCCAAGCAAAGAAGAGAAAAAAGAUGCUGGAACUGGAGGAGCAACAAAAGAAGGUCGCGGAGGCGCAAGCGGCGGCCGCGGCCGCUGCUUCAGCCUCGGCUGUUUCGCCGGUCGUUGAGACUCCGGUGACUCCGGAAUACGCACAAGGACUGGCUCCGAUAAAUCCACCCGCCACUCCCGUCGCGCCGGUGGCCACAGCACAGUCUUAUGUCGCGCCUAGUACACCAAGCAGCAUUGUUGUUACAACCACGCCGACAACACCCACUACGUUAACUACAACUACGAUAACUACAACGCCUACUACAGCAUUACCAACGAUUACGACAACGGUGAUAACUCCCGUGGAGACUGCACCUGUCGCCGUACAAACAGUCAGACCGACUCAAACGGUCACACAGAUUCGUAUACAGACCACCGCACAGCCCGGUGCGGCUGCUAAUACGAGAAAAGGCCUGUCUCUUACGCGAGAGCAAAUGUUGGAGGCACAGGAAAUGUUCAGAACCGCAAAUAAAGUAACACGUCCAGAAAAAGCUCUAAUUUUAGGUUUUAUGGCCGGCUCUAGGGAUAACCCUUGCCCGAAAUUGGGUAAUAUAGUCACAGUGAUGCUGUCGGAGAACAUAGAGGAAGUAACGCAAGCAGACGGUACGACCGUACAGAUGUUGGUGGAGACUCAUUUCCAGAUGAAUUAUAUGAACGGCGAUUGGAAAAGGAUAAAGAAGAAUCGACGUGUCGUGACAGAAGAGAUUGCUGCGUCAGCUUCUGCUGCGUCAGCUCCUGCUGCUCCCGCUCCUGCUGCUCUCGCUCCUGCUACUCCUGCUCCUUCCGCCCCCGCUCCGAGUGCGACCGCCACGGCUUCCAAUUGAGAAAAAUAAACUUAUUUAAACUGACAUAACGCGUGUAGCCGCGGGACACAAGAUUCCGCAUUUAUUGAGGGAUAACGCACAUUGUGAUGAUUCGUCUUCUUAGCGAUUGGUAAAGGAAGUUGGCUGUUUCGGAAAGUAGUCCGUACUCUAUGGUCUAACAAAAAUCGUAACAUAAUGCAGCUCUCGAUUAUCAUAAUUUAUCUCCAUGUCAUAAACUAUUCCUUCCAUUAUUUUAUUCGCUAAUCCCGAAUCCUUACAAUGCUCAUCUCGAGGUAUUAAUCGAGAAAACGAAAUCCAUCAUAAUUUGAUUUUGCAAUAUAUUCAUUUAGUAGUAUUUUUUUUUUUCUUAAAUAGGAUAUUUAGGUUUAAAUGUAAAUCGAGUUUUGUAAUAAGUGUUAAUAUUUUAAAAUGCAUAUACAUAAUGCGAUAGAAACAAUGCAAUGAAUAGUCAAACAUUUUUGAUAGUAAUUAUUAUAUUUGUGCGCGAAUUUGCAUAACGUAAAUAUACAUACAUGUAUAUAUAUUUACUCAUUUAAUAAGAAUGAAGAUACUCCUAUAUUGUUGUUAUCAGAAUAAAUAUGUGACCAUGUUAACUAUU